AUGAUAUCAAAAUACAUUUCAUCGCCAAUACUGUCGUCUCAACCAUCUGUUCCGUCGACCAGUUGUUCAUCAAAUGAAGACGAAGAAACCGAACGGUUGGCCUCACAUCGACCGCUGUACAGACCAAUAGCGGCCAAGUCGUGUGUGGCCAGUACUAUGCCGACGGCAACUAUAACAGGUCUGCCAUAUAAAAGCAAAAAAUCCAAUAUAUUUUCGUUGACCACUGCAAACACUGGUAACGGUUACGACGUAAAUGGGAGGACAAACAAUCCAUUUACACAUCAUAACGGUAUCAUCAAAGGUGAGUCCGGUGUUACUGUUCCAUACAAUCGGCGACAAUUCCGAUCCAAAUCGACCAUUUCAACUGAUCCAAAGUCACCAUAUUUUUCAUCCAAUGCCUAUACAUUAGUGAAAAGCAAUCGAACUCUGAUGGAUAGGUGUCUGAGUGACAGUGCAGUCAAUCAAUCCCACCACAAAAAGUUGUGGAAUAAUCAAUGGGGACAGUUGUCUGGCAUACAUAUCGGGCGACCAGAAAACGGUGUGCCCAACGGUGAAAUACCGGGACUCAAUACGCCACUAUCGCCGGACGACCCCAAAGCUGUCACUAUUCAUCAACAUUAUUAUCCUGAGGGACACUGGGGCUGGAUAUUGACCACAUGUGUCUGCUUAGCCAUGAUUUUUACGUCAGCACUGACGCCGGCUUCCGGUUUCAUAAUUAUCGAUAUACUCAGACAGUUCCCUACUGAAGACGGCAUCUUCAGCGCAGUACUAAUCGGAUGUCUGUCCACAUCGAUAACACUGUUCCUCUCGCCGGUGGUCAUUGCGAUCUGUCGGCGCAAAUCGAUCCGUUUGAUUGCCAUAUUGGGUGGUCUGAUAACAGCCUUGGGAUGCCUUUUCACAUCAUUUGCCACACAAUUUCAUCAGCUGUUUGUCAGUUACGGAGUAAUUGUCGGUAUCGGCGUAUCGAUGAUACGCGAGACGGCCGUCAUUAUGAUUGGACAGUACUUUAAAAAGAAGCGCGAAUUUGUCGAGUUGUUUGUCAUCGCCAGCUCUGGACUGGGAAUCGCUUUUAUGCCAUUAUUUCUUACAUUUUGUAUUAGAUCAAAAAACUGGCGGUUCGGUUUCCAAGCACUGGCAUUGAUAACAUUUAUGACAUUUUUUCUGGCGGUUCUCUACCGACCGGCCUCACUAUACCAUCCGCAGAGACGGGCUAUACUUCACCUGAAGAGCCUUCAGAAGCGAUCGAGAAUUAAAGACAAACUGAAGGGUCAUCACUCAAACUCACAAAAACAAAGUCUGGCGCCAAAUGGUAUUCAUAUGGGAUCAUCACUCGACAAACCGCCCUAUUUUGACUUUUCGGUACUCAAGUCGCGUACGAUUCAGAUAUUGAUUUGUGGCACUUGUAUCUCAUCAUUUGGUACAACAACACCUCUAAUAUUAAUGACACAACAGGGAUCAGUUGAAAACAUUGAACACAACUCAUUGAUGGCAUUGCAGGCGUUUAUGGGAAUAGGUAUGGCGUUGGGCAGUACAGCUAUUGGUGCCAUUAUUGUGAAAAACUCGGUCGAGUGUAUGAUUGCCCGCCAGUACUUAUGCCAGGCCUCGUGUUUUAUGCUGAGCGCAACACUACUGACCUUUACAACACUGGACGACUAUUCCGGUUAUGUAUUGUUUGUAUGGAUUUAUGGAUUUUUCUAUGGGGGGUAUCAGUACUCGUUGAAAAUGUUCAUCUAUGAGAAGGUCAGGGCUCGCAAUUUCAAUCGGGCCUGGGGUUACGUCCAGUUUUGCCAAUCUAUACCAACCAUUGUAGGCAUUCCCAUAUCAGCAUUCCUGAACGACCACUUUGGUGAUCGUAGCGGUUACUACAUGUCCUCCCUGUGCAUAGCGUUGGGCUCAUUGGUACUAUUCUUCAUCGAUGCCCACAAAAAACGAGUGGCAAAGAAACGAAAGAUCAGUAGUGUUAGCGGCACAGAGAUGGCCAACGAUGUCGUGUCCCGUCGGUGUUCACACGAGCCAUCCAUGGAUUUGCAUCAAUACUUGCCGGCACUUCGGGCACCGAACGAUACUUUUGAUGUCAAUUAUAACCGAUUUACCGGCAAUACCCGCGUCAACGAUAUGAACACAUUUAACUCGAUAGCUGUAAACCAUAUGGAUUUGGUUCGCAACAACCAAAACAACAAUAAUAACAACAAUCACAUCAUUAACUCCAACAAUAACCGUACCUCCCGUUCCAAUUCGAUAUUCAGUUCAACAUUAGGCGGACCCAUCAAUGGUGAACUUACCUGUAUAUCCGAGGAAAUAGUAUUGGAUAAUCUAUUGGAGGAUACCAUACUCGACGAGUGUCUUACUUCGUGCAAUAGAGAAGAUAAGUAUCUAAUGUUAAGUGAGUUUGAGAACAAUUUGAACGACAUGUCCGAAGAGGCCAAAGCCAUCAUAAGAAAGCGCAAAGAAGACCAAAAGCGAUCGUUUGUCUUGAAUGGUGGCGACGUUCACGAAGACAACUGUCCGCUGUCUAAGAUAAUGAUUGACAAUAGAUAUAAAGUCAGCACAAAUCCAUUGCAGAAAAAUUAUGGUCAAAAAUUUUUGACGGCUAGACAGAGACGAGCCUCGUUUGCCGGUAUUACGGCCAACGGUUCGUCCAAAUCGGACAUUACUAACGGUGUCAUUGAAGAGGAAAACACAUCCGAUAUUAUCAGUUGUUGUCCACAAUCGCCAAAAUCGUGUCCCAAUUGUGGCGACCAAAUGACUCAUUCGGCGAAAAUGCUUCGCGAAAAGAUUACCGAAGAAGACGAGGACAUCAAUGAAGAGGAAGACAGUAUUAAUGUCUAA